AUGCCAGUCUGGACGAAGAGAGAGAUUUUGAAGUGUCGUGAAGUGAUGUUUCCAAAUACGCCAUUGGAUAUUGUAGAGAAAUGCUAUAUUGAAUGGGGCGGCAUUGCACGCUAUGUCUUAAGCCAUGAUGAGGCCUCGGUCAAACAGGAAGCUCUCGACCGGGCAAUGAGUAAAUCUGAUUUGAACGCAGUAGAGUACGCGAGUGUCGAAUCAAAGGGGGUGGAGUUUAACGUAUCGCAAUGGUUUCUCUCGCUUUGUGUCAACCGCAACACUUUCAGAUAUGAGGGUUUCGAAUUUACGUCAAAAUACAUCGCCGAGAGAGUUUUCAAUACGCUGUGA